UCAGGGGUGAGCGCGCAAGUCAAAUUUUUAGCUUAGCAACUUAGCUACAGAGUUUGUUUGCGGAACCGACUUCUUUAAAUUGCCUGCACACCCAAUAUGUAAACUCGCUGCUUGCUGGUCGAUACGUGAAAGUCUUUUCUCACGUCGCUUGCAGCGUUUCGUGACAUGCCGCUCUUUUCAUCGUGACAGUCGUGUUUCAGCGUUGACGCUACCGCUGUUGCUGUUGUCACCACUGGUAUCCUAGCAGCCAUGGACUCUCACCAUCCAAACUGGUGACUGACAGACAGAUAACAUUCGUAACUCUGUCCUCGCUGCAUGGUAUGUAACUAGUAAACUGCGGAUACCCAUGUUACUUAAUUACUCUUCUGGAAAUUUAGCAAGCAAUGACUAAACGGCUGUCAGAAGAGCGACAUCCCCCAGCCUGAUCAGCCGAUGCGGGGUUAGGUAUUUGACCACAAUUCACCGGCGUGCCUUGUUGGUUCUUUGUCAAUUUUUAACCCGCAAACAGUUGGCAAGAUGUCCCACACGCUCAACUGGGGCAAUGUGACCAGGAUUGACCCAGGGACCCUUCAUGAACGUGACAAAGCAAAAGUAGAUGAGGUCUUCGAUAUGCUUGUCUUGACAGAGGAAUGGCUGUUGAAGGAUAAGCCAACAGACAUGGUAACACACAUUCUCAGAUUGUUUCAAGCACUACUGAAGAUGAAGGAUCGAGAACUGAUUCUUGCAGAUAGAUUCAUUGAUGACAUUGGCGUCCAACAUGCCAAGACAGAAAAGGAACUUCUCUCUAAACUGGCAAGACUUGAGCAAGACAGUAAGCACUCUGGAACAGGACCGGAUAACCGCUUCCUUAGAGAUGAGAUUCGUCAGCUUGAAACCCAUUUGGAGCAGAGGGGAAAGGAGUUGACACAUCUGAGGAAAGAAAUGGGUAAAGAAAAGAAAGUUAUUGAAGAGUUGCUUGCGAGAGCAGAAGAGGCAGAGGAUGAAGCAAAGAAAUUUAAGCGAGAGAAUGAGCAGCUCCUGCAGGAUGUUGACUUUUACAGAGGAGAGUUGGAGACUAAAGAACCAACUCCAUCUAGAAAUGAGAAUGCUGAGACUCAGAGGAAGCUCACUGUUGCCAACCGGCAGCUGUACCAGUGUAUGGAAGACCUACAGAGAGCUGAGGAUGAAAACUCCCACCUGAAAACUCAAAACGAGCAGAUGCAGCAAAGCCUGGAGGAGUCUGUGAGGGAAAUGGAAAAGAUGACGGAUGAGUACAACAAGAUGAAAAUCGUUGUGCAGCAGAAUGACUCCAUCAUGGAUCAACUGAGGAGAGAAAAGGAUCAUGCCCUUCUGCAAGUCCGGGAGUUAUCAGAUAAGGUUCAUAGCAUGACUGAAGAUGAUGGACCGAUAAUGGCAGCUGUGAAUGCGAAGGUGGAGGAGUGCAAGCGAGCACUUUCUGAAAAGGAUGAAGAGAUUAUAGUGUACCAACAAAUGAUUCGCGACCUUCGAGAAAAGCUGCGGGUGGCUCAGAUGGACUUGGACAAAAGCAACAUCAUUGCUUUUCAACAGGCCAUCCAGGAGAGAGAUAGUCAAAUUAAAAUGCUGAGUGAGCAGGUGGAGCAGUAUACUGGAGAAAUGGAAAAACACACCUUGCUUAUUGAGGAUCUGAAAACAUCCACAAAGAAAGAUAGAGGUAUUCCAUCUGCAAUACAACAGAGAAAGAUAGAGGAGCUGAAAUCCAAGUUGGAAAAUGCAGAAAUCCGGGCGGAGGAAGCAGAACGAGCGUUACAACAAACAGAAGCUCAUGCUGAAGAAAAGGACAAGUUGUUCAUUGAGGCUUCUAGACGUCUCAGAGAAUACGAGUCUGGCAUUUAUGGCUUGGAAGCAGCCAUUAUGGAGAUCAAAGACUGCAAAAAUUUAAUCAGGGUGAAAGAUUCUGAUGCUGAGGCCAUGACAAAAGAGAUAAACCAUCUUGAGAUGCGAGUUAAUGACCUCAUGGAUGAAAACGAAGAUUUCCGGGAAAGAUUAGGAUUGGAACCAAAACAAGAAUUGGAUUUGACUGAGUUCAGACGAGUCAAGAAUCUGAAACAACGGCAGUACAGAGCUGAAAACCAAAUCCUCACCAAAGAAGUCGAACGACUUGAAGAGGAAAGGCUGGAACUGAAGAAACAAAUCAGAACUAUUGUGAAAGACAGAGGGAUCUCCAAGUCUGGCCUUCUGGACAAGGAUCUUAAACUCAGCCUUUCUGGAACCUUAGACCACAUUUGGGGUGUCAAAGAUGAAGAGACUGGAGCAAAGAUUCGGUUCUUGGAAAAAGAACUUCAACAUAAAGAGAGAGAGCUUGAACUCAAUAAAGCCCAGUCUCAGGUUAAAUUGGAUGAGCUUUUAAAUGUGAAAAGGGGGCUAGAGUCCGCUCUUAAAGAUGCCCAAAAAGCCAUGAGAGUUAACCAAGAUGGUCCAUACGACGCAAUUGUAGAUGUACAUGAGCUGGAACAGUUGGCUAACCAAACAGCUGUUGGCGACGUCAGAUUUCAGCUGCACCAGCUGCUUGGCCGAAAUGAGGAACUCAGAAAGGAAUUAAAAUCUGCUCGUGAGGAAGUGACCAACACUUUCAGCCAACUUGCAGUGACAAAGGAGAAGGUAAAACGUCUUGAAGGUGAACUGGAACAUCUCAUGAGGACGGGCAAUGCUGGAGUGAGUUCUCGACUUUUGACUAUCCCUGAAGGCCUGGAGCCAGGAAGCAUUGAGGUCAUCAACUCCCUGAAUGAGUACUGCGUUCGCCUGCUUCAGGAUCUCACUAACAAGGAAAGUACAAGCAAGACCCUUGUGAGAAGACUGGAGGAGUACAGAGAGAAAUUUGCGGUUAUUAGCCACCAACAAGGACUCCUUUAUGACGAACAUUUAAGAGAGAAGGCAGACUGGCUGAAGGAAAAAGAGGCGAUGACAAGGAUGAAGGGCAAACUUGAGGAGCAACAGCAGAUGGACGUGGUGAAAAUCCACGAGUUCAAUGAAUUACUGGAUACUCUGCAGAGAGAUCCAGAGGAAAUCAGGAGGCACCUGAGUGAAGCAAUACGCAAGCUGACUGUUCUGAAGGUCAACGAAAAGAAGCUGACACGGCGCUACACCACUUUACUGGAGCAGCAAGAGCUCCUUCGCAAGGAAAAUGAUAAGCUGAAGGAUGAGAGCACCCAGAUGCAGACAACAGUGACCAAGAGGAUCGGAUACCUACAGAGAUGCAAGGAAAUGUCUGCAUAUAAGAUUGAAGCCCUGCAAAAAGCUCUGGAUGACAGCGUUCCCUCGUCAGACAUGGAGAAGGCUAACAAACAGUACACUGCUUUGACUGUUAAAUACAGGGACCUACUGCAGAGAGACAGCCAUUUCAUCAGCAGAACCACAAAACUUGAGAAUUUAGAGAAUGAGAACGAAUCUCUGAGAGAGCAAAUGUUGACUAUAAAUAAAGAGCUGGAGAUUGCCAAGGAGAAACUACACACGUUGGAGCAAGCGUGGGAGACUACAAACCUGACUGACCAAGAUAACCGAAUGGAAAAGUCAGACAAGGCAAUGGCCAACAAUGAAAGGGCAUCUGCGGCGAGGCGGAUUACAACACUGGAGAUGAAGGAGUUGAAUGAGAGACAGAGAGCAGAGCAUGCCAUGAAAAUGUACGAACAUUUGAGAAACAGCCUCAGGCAAGUGGAAGAGCGCAACAUUGAACUGGAGUCCAAGGUUGCAGAGUUGGCCAGGAUCAAUGCAGAUGCCCAGCUGGUGGAACAGGAGUUGAGAGAUGAAUUGGCAGACAGUGUCAGUAAAGCUGUCAGUAACGCAGAUAGGGCCAGGAUUGCUGAGUUGGAAAAUGGAGAGGCCACGCUUCGCUUCGAAGUUUCCAAACUUCAGGAGAUCUCUAAUGUUGCCAUGAUGCAGGUGUCUGCUAUUCUUAACAAACAAGAAUCUAAAGAAAAGGAAGUGGAAACUCUGCGGAGACAAAUCCUUGACUACCAGUCGCAGUCAGAUGAGAAGGCUGUCAUUGCCAAGCUCCACCAGCACAUUGUAACUCUUCAGCUCAGUGAAGCAGCUGCUCUGGGAAAGAUUCAGGCAUCGUCUUCCCACAUCCAACAUCUGGAGGCAUUGCAGCUGCGGGCUGAACAGCGACAGGAUGCCAGUGAGCAGGCAUUGUUCCUUGCUCGCAAGGAGGGCAGAAGUCGCUCUCACCACUUGAGGCAAACUAUUCAAUCCCUACGUAGGCAGUUUGCUGGUGCGCUGCCACUUAACCAGCAGGAGAAAUUCUCGGUUUCCUUGAUGAAGCUUCAGGAAGAUCAGGCCAAAGCACAUGAAGAAAAAAGAAAAGCAGAAGAAGACAAAAGAAGGGCAGAUGAAAGGGCUUGCGAGCUGGAACUGCGGCUGCGAAGUCUGGAGGAGCUUAUAACUACGCUGAAGGAUGUGAAAGGGGCCCAGAAGGUCACAGAGUGGCAUAAGAAAAUGGAAGAAGCUCGGCUGCAGGAGCUGAGAAAAAGCAGGGAGUCAGUCUUCCUGAAGGAAGAGAUCAAGCACUUAAAGAACAGAUUGGAAGAGCAGGGGAAAACUAUUGAAUCCCUUGAAGAGGAUCUUGUACUUCAAAACAUGGCUCAAGAGGAACAUCAACUGGCUUGGGAUCAGCGAGAGGUUGAACUAGAGAGACAGCUGGAAAACUACGAGAACCAUCAAAGUGAUGUUCUCCGCAGUGUUGAGAAGUUUGAUGACACCAAAGGUUCUCUUCUGGACCCUAGUCUGCCUUUAGCACACCAGUUGGAGCUUGCCUUGAGCAAAAUUAGAGAACAUGUGCGCACCAUUUUGGACACAAAGGCCACCUGCAAGAAUCUAGAGGAGAAAUUGAAAGAGAAAGAAUCAGCUCUCUCGAAGGCAGAGCAGAACAUCAUGUCCCGGGAUAAAGUCAUCAACGAGCUCCGUCUUCGUCUCCCAGCUACCGCAAGCAGGGAACAGAUUCUAUCUAACCUGACAAAACAUGACGAAGGUCAGUCGGAGAGACACUCUACUCUGAAGCUCGCGCAUCAAACAGUCAAAGAUCUUCAGGGACGACUUGACAAGAAGGAAAACGUACUAAUAAAAUACCAAAACCAGUUGUCUCAAGCCAGAAAGGAUCAAGAGAAGCUGAUAAGGAAGCAUCAGGAGGAACUGAAAGUGUUGCACCAGAAGUUGGAUAUGCAGAGUGACUCGUCCCUGGACCAUUUUAAGAAGACAGCAAUGGGGUUAAUGAAAAAGCCUGAUAUCAAGAAGCAGAUGUCCAAACAUCUUGAACGUCAAGCAGAGUUGGAGCAGACUGUAGCAGAGCAGGACAUCUCACUGUCGUCUGUCUCAGACAAGCUGAGAGAGGCCACUGCUGAGCUUGAACACCAAAAGAUUACCAUGGAAAACCAAGAUAAAAGACAUGCUGAAGAGAUGGCAAAACUUGUGCGGUGUCACUCUGCAGAGAUGAAAGCUUUGGCCAGUACUUCUGAAAACCAGAGGACCUUGUUGAUGCAGAUGGAAAGCGACAUGAAAAACCUCCAAACUGAGCUGGAAGUGCAGAAGGAGUCAAACGCCCGCUCUCCUAGCAAUACCAUGAAGCACCUGGUGGAACGUCUUAAAGCUCAAAUUGCCCAGAAAGAGAGACAGCUCAAGGGUCUAAGUAAAGCGCUUCUAGAGCUGCGGGCAGAACUGACAUCCGCUGCUGAGCAGCAAGUUAUAACCAAUGCAGCUCAGAAAGAAGAAAACCUGAACAUCCAAAUGUUGAUUGACAGACAUACUAAAGAUUUGAAGGUUCAGAUUCAAGACCUCAGUAAAGAACUUCAGGAUGCAAAGGAGUCCGCCAAGGCUGCAGUGGGCAGAGAGAACACACUCAAAGAGGAAACAAAAAGCCUCAAACAAGACCUUGAGACCAGUCAGAAAAAGGUAAAUCGCCUGCAGUCUGAAAAGGAGGACAAGGAACGUGAAAUUCAAGAGCUCAAGCUUAAGAUCAAGAGACUCAGCAUCAACCUUCAGAAUCAAGCAGAACCAGAUGGAAAGUUCUCAGUCGUUGAGAAUAUGCAGAAGAAGAUCCAGAGACUUGAGGCAGACCUGGAGAAGAGACGAGAUGUGAAAAAAGAGGAUCAUGGAAAGACGAAAGAAGAGAUCGUACGUUGGGAGGAGGGCAAGAAAUGGCAGUCCAGGUUGGAGAGACUGAAGAACAAUUUGAAAGACAAGGAACGAGAAAAUGAAUCACUAAACAAACAGCUUGGUUCUCUGAAAGAACUCUACUCCAGACUGGAGCAGGAGAAAGCUGCUCUGCAGAAGAAGCUGAAGGUCCGAGGAGUGACUGCUGGUCAGGUGGUCAGUGUGCUGUCGAAUGAGAUGGAAAAGGAAAUGGAGCAGCUGAAGAAAACAAACAUGGAUCUUGAGAGGCAGAUCCGGAAUAUAAGACAGCAGCAGGCUUUACCAAGGGACGAUGCCAUUGAGAACUUGGCUCAGAGGAACCGCUACCUUGAAGAAAGACUGCAGGUUUUGGAGAGUGCAACAGUCAAGGAGCCGACCUCCAGACCCUCUUUGGAUCCGUUACAAGCACAGGUGAAAUCUAAGUCUAUGGGUGGGAUGUUUUCUGUCACCUUUGACAUUGCUGAUGAUUUACAACAAGAGAACACAGCACCCCACUCACCUGAGUCAAGCAGUCGCUCACUCAGCCCUGAAGUGGCCCGGGACACCUUUGACUGUCAGAGUGAGCCAGAAGAGAGUCGCUCGGGAGGGGGAAGUCCAAUCCAGUCCAAUCCACCGAGCGUUGAUGCGGCAGCAGAGAACACAGCAGAAGACAAUGAUGGGCAGAAAAUGGUGGAUGGAAAUGCAGGAAGCACUCAGGACAGCAAAUGUGAUUGUGAACUUGGUGUGGAGGAUGAUCCGGCAGAAAGAGCUGAGCCAUUAGUCUCAUGCACUGAGACAGCAAAAGAGGCAGGCGCUGAGAAAUCCUCAAAGCAACAUCAUCCAGCCAAACCACCUGUGGACCACAGCACUGUAGCACCAAGCAGACGCAAAGAGAAGGCAGUCGCUGGGAAUGAUAGAGUACCAAAGCAUGGAGGCAGAUCUGGUAGAUGCCUGAAGACGUCAGGGCGUGGCACUGGAACUCCGUCACAAAGAGAUCAGGAGAUCCAGAAAGAGAACCUCAAACUGGCGUCUGAGAACCUUGAACUCCGCCUGCAGCUUGAGCAAGUCAACAAAGAAGUUCCGAGACUGAAGGAUCAAAUUGCCGACCAAAAGGAGAUGUGCAGUGCGCUUAAGAAAGAGAACAUGGAGUUGGACAAGGAGCUGAACCGUGUUCGAGGGGAUGGCCACAGCGGUAAAACAGUGCCUGAGCUUGAGAAGAUGGUGGGCCUGCUGAAGAAGGUGGCGGAGCGCCUGCAGAGGGAGAAUGAGUCGCUGAAGAAAUCCAGCAGCGCGACCAACCUAGAAAAGGUUUCUGGCCUGGAGCAGCAAGUGAAGACACUCAAGUGGGAGUAUGAGAAGCUGAAAGAGCAGAGUGAGGCUGAGCUGAGGUCUAAACUUGACUCCCAAACCAAAGGGAUGGAGAAAAUUGUGAUGGAAAACGAGCGUCUCCGAAAGGAAAUGAAAAGGGAAGUGGAGGUGGCCGAGCGCCUGCGAGCAAACAAGGUGACCCUGGAGGUGAACAUUGAAAGGCUUGAGUCCCAACUGGAGGAAACCAAACGGAGACUGCGGGAGGUUCUGUCCAAACCCGACCCAGAGGGAGCAGAACGGAGGACCGGCAAAUCCACUGUAGUCACUAGAAUGUUUGAGAACAAAAUGAAGGAACUGGAGCAAGAACUGGACAUCAAGAGCUCCAGUGUGAUGGAGCUGAAGGAAGAGUUGAAAGAGGUGAAGCAGAGAGAAGAGAAGGCUCAAAUCAGCAUCCGCAAGCUGGAAGAUCAGUUGGACCUGAUGAAGACAGACGCUGAGAGGUCAGAGGAGCUUCACUCGCUCAGGUCGGCCAAGAGUAAGCUGGAGCAAGAAAACACCAGGUUAAAACAGAAGCUCGCUGAGGACGGCAGCGAGCGACACGGAGAGACGACCUCUGGAGUAGAUCACAGGAAUCUGAUGGAGGAGCUGCACACGACUCAGACGGAGAACGAACAACUCCAUUUUGAAGUCCAGAAGCUGCGGAAGGAGCUGGAGAGCUUCGACCCAACCUUCUUCGAGGAGAUAGAAGACUUGAAGUACAACUACAACAUCGAAGUAAAGAAGAAUAUUCUGUUGGAGCAGCAGUUGAGGAAGGUCUGUGACCAGUUUGGAGUCGAGGUGAAGAUGCCCAGCGUGUCCAUCAGCUGACCUUCCGAGUAGCAUCCACAGCUGUUUUAUUGCUGACGUUAUCUUCCUGUAAAUGCGUUUGUAGAUAGUUUGGAGAGUUCAUCUGAUGUUUACAAUAUUUUUGUGUGGUUUUCUUACACAAAUAUAAGAUUUCUAUUCAAAUGCCAAAAACACCUCUGGAUUCCUAUGUGGCUGUGUCUGAGUGAAAUGAAGUUGUAGAUUUGUCAGUCGCUGAGCUGUUUUCUCGCUCCAUAAUGAUUGAACUGGAGCACCCGGAUCCGAUGGGUUCAACUGAGCAUUUAUUCUGGACAUAACCUGGAAAAUUGUGCUGAAAUGGAUGUUCAUGUUUCACACUGUUCAGUUUGAAUGUGGCUGCUUCUCUCCAUGUUUUUCACAGUAGACAAGUCUUUUUUGAGAAGUGCUUUGUUCCUGGUUUUGACAAAUAAACGAUUGAAAACAGCCCCACCGGUGCCUCUCUCGCACAGUAAGUACAUUAUUUACAAUGGUCACAGGACGUGCAUGCUGCUUAAAGUGCUCACAUUUGGUGGAUUUUCAUUUACACUCAGCUGCAGAGGAGCAGGUUUCACACUGUCUUAUUCAUCCUCCUGAAGACUGUGGAGGACCGACGGUUGCAGGGUGGUGUGUGUGUGUGUGUGUGUCUGUCUUCAGGGGUCAUAUUGCACGUCCUGCAGUCGGCUGAACUUGCGUCCGUUCAUCCUGGAGAAACACGUGAUCAGGUCCUUGCUGCUGCCGGCAUACUCGUCCACGGUCCAGUCCACGCAGACAUCCACUGGUUUGCUGCCCAAGAAGGUUUCUCCCUCUGGCCAGGGCAAGUUCAGGUGAUGACGAUGAACCUGCCGGCGAACAAGUCCACAGUUCAGCCCGGAGAAGAGUUGAACAGAACAUGUGCUUCCUCAGAGCUGUGCUUCACCGACUGGCUCAUUGAAAAGCAUUACAACAAGUCGACUCAGGAUGACUUCCAUGUGACAGCACCACUCAUUCUCACACCUCUUGACCAAGUGCCGAUGACACAGCCAAGUCCGACCUCAGGGACUUGUCAGUGUGGACACGUCCGUCGCCUGAAGGCUGUCUAUCGUCAUCGCUUGCUUCAUCUGGAGUCCAGGCAUUGUCCACAGGACAUUACUAACAUUAUCGGACACGGGCUCCCCAGACUGCACUGAAACUACUUCCAAGUCUGUU